AGCUCUUCCUAUAACUUUUCACUCUAAUUUCCCUCCUCUCCCUCUGUUACGAUGUAAAGCAAAGGAAGGCACAACCCGCGGUCCAAAAGCCCUUCCUCUGCAAAACCCAUCUCUCAUUGUCUACGAAACCCUAGUUUCUUGACCAGGAUUUUAUCUACAAAAUUCCAAGAAAACCCCGUUUCACCGCUACCCGCUGCCACAUUUCUCUAAUUACUGCCGCCCAUUUCUAUAGCAUUCAGAUUUAGGGUUUUUGUUGCUUAUGGUUUGUUUCCGGCUUCAUUCGCGAGAGGUUAUUGUUGUGUGAUGCAAUUGUGCGAGAAUGUCGGAUGUGCUCGUGAAUGAUACAUUUCAUAUCAGGGACGUUUGGGAUGAUAAUCUUGAAGAUGAGAUUCGAUUGAUUCGUGGACUUUUAGAUGAUUACCCUUACAUAGCUAUGGAUACCGAGUUUCCCGGUGUUGUACUUCGUUCAGUAGGGAAUUUCAAGAACAACAAUGAGUAUAAUUUUCAGACCCUGAAGACCAACGUUGAUCUUUUGAAGUUGAUUCAAUUGGGUCUUACAUUUUCUGAUGAACAUGGAAAUUUUCCCACCUGUGGAACUGAAAGGUAUUGCGUUUGGCAAUUUAAUUUCCGGGAGUUUAACCUCAACGAGGAUGUGUUUGCUCAUGACUCCAUCGAACUGUUAAAGCAGAGUGGUAUCGAUUUUAAGAAGAACAAUGAAAAAGGUGUGGAUGCACGUCGGUUUAGUGAAUUGCUAAUGUCUUCAGGAAUCGUAUUGAAUGAUAGUGUGCAUUGGGUUACAUUUCAUAGUGGGUAUGAUUUUGGCUACUUGCUGAAGCUACUUACUUCCCAGAAUCUGCCCGAGACACAGGCCGGUUUCUUUGAGCUGAUCAGAAUAUACUUCCCUAUACUUUAUGAUAUCAAGCAUCUCAUGAAGUUUUGUAAUAGCCUUCAUGGUGGGUUGAACAAGCUCGCAGAACUGUUGGGUGUUGAGAGAAUUGGUUCUUGUCAUCAAGCUGGUUCGGAUAGUUUGCUCACAUGUUGUACAUUCAUGAAAUUGAAAAAAGAUUUCUUUAAUGGGUCUCCUGAGAAAUAUGCUGGUGUGUUGUAUGGUCUUGGUGUUGAGAGUGGAUGAAUACUCAUUGAAAGAGAAAAAAAAGUAUGAAAUAAAAAAAUAAAAAUAAAACUGUCUGUUGACUGCAUUUGUGUGGGAUUGUCUUUUUUUGUUUUUACUUAUGGAUUUCUCUUCUACCUAUUUCUCCCUCACUGGAAUUUCCGUGCGAAUUUUGUUGUUCAGUUUUUGUAGUAAAAUGCUGCCAUUUUCAGUGUGGUCCAUUGCAUAAAUCUUGCUAUUUCUUUAAUAGCUUGCAUAUGCAGUUGGUUAUCCCUUAGUGUUAGGGUUGCUUUUGUGGGAUAAUUUUAAAAUAACUGGGUUAAAGAAUUUGAUGGAAGGAUAAGCUGAUUUUGAUUUCUUCUAUCCUGAACUGUCCUGUCCUGGAUGGAUGUCUGAAACUUUGAUUCAAAUAUGUGGAAGCUGAUGGAGUUGAACUUGCUGAGCACAUAAAAUUCUAUUCCCUCCCUGGCUUUCUAUGCUCCAUCACAUUUUCUUUAGUAUGCAUGUCAGCUACAUGCCAAGAGAGCCAUUGACAGACUUUUGGAUUUUUUUGAGGCCCCUUGUGGAAUACCGGUUAUUAUAAACAUGGUCAAUCUGCUUUUUGACUCCCUGUUGUGAUGUAUUUCUAUUAAAUAAUUCGGCCUAUGCUCAUGUCUUUGGCUUGGUUGUUGUAAGAGAGAUCACAAUUAACAUUGUCAUGAACCACAAUGCUGAAUAUGGCUGGCUGUGUGGUUUUAUUUUGGGCUGUGUAUCAAGGUAUGGAGUGUCUUCUUUCUAUUUCUUAAUCAAGAAUUCCUGGCAUUGUACAUCUCUUUCUUGAAUCAUUUGUCAUUUGUGUCCUGUUGGACUCUUGAUGAUGUUUUUUUUUAGUUGUUGGUGCUGUUUUUUAAUUUUGCUUCUUUAGUUGAUGGUCUCAGGGUAAUAUUGGGGACUAAUAAGGCAUGUGAUGAUGGAUCACACUGGGUCUGUUUUGCUGAUGGAUGAAAUAUAUACUUUUAAAACAAGUAUAAUAAUUCAGUGCUUUGUUGGCAGAAAUGUCACAGAUUAAUCUUGUUUUGCUUCGGUUCUUUGUCUCAGUGUAAACUUAGCGACUCAUACACAUCUGAUGACAGGAUCAUGACAGAUUAGCUUCAUUGACUGGUGUGGGUUGGAAUCAUCAUUCUGCAAGAUCAAAAGGGGUUUGCUCUCUUGCAGUCUUGGUUAGAGGGUCCAUCCUUGAGCAGGAGGUGAUCUCUCAUGGAUUUCAAUUAGUUCUUCGUUUGCAGUUAGAUUACACCUGUGUAUGUGGUUCAUGUCACCUCAGGUGCUUUUCCAUUAUUUUUUGUAUUUAUAAAAUAGGGUAUAAACUUGUAGAUUUUCAUUCAGAUGCAAUUUUAAGGUUCUUUUGGCCCCUGUUUUGUUUUCAGCUUUGUAUAUUCUAUUAUACUUUUCUUCUCUCCUCUGCUGCAUUUUCUUCCUUGUUGUCAUCUUGGAUGGUUUCUUUUGGUGUGGCUUCUAGCCAUUAUGAUGUAAUAGAUACUUGUUUCCAUAAGUAGAGAACUCUUUAGAAGUU